UCUGCCUAUAUAAAGUGAGCGCCACAUCGCACUGCACUAAUCUCUUCUUCACUGAAGCCAAGAUGAGGGUGCUAUCGGCAGUAGUGCUGUGUAUUCAGCUUGCUGUUGUGCUUUGUGAAGAUCCACCGACUACAACCACAACCACGGAAGCUACCACAACCACGGAAGCUACCACGACAACGGAAACGCCUGCAACCACAACCAUAAUAACAACCACUAAGAAGACAACCACCACGAAGCCUCCCAACUGUGCUGGAACGAACUAUGAGAAAAUGAGAAAAUGCUGUUCAGAGCCUCCAGCAAUUUUGGUCAACAUCACCAAGAAGGACAAGACUUGCGGCAUAAGCGCCAGCAACAUCAAAGUGUUUAACAUGUUUAUCAUGAAUAAGCAGCAAACCACAAAGAAGGGAUGGAAUAACUCUUUCCCCAUUAAUGACACCAGCGUUGGAAAGAGCCUUUACCCUCUUGCAUAUUUUGCUGACUGCUGGCUCAGGGCUAAGGGAGUGAUUAACAAUGAAACCGGCCAAAUUUAUCCAGAACGAAUGCCGUAUUUUACCACAAAUCAAAGUUCAUACUGGACGUCUGUUAUAUCAAACGCUGCAUCCAAUUGUCUCUAUUCAGUUAUUGAAGAUUUGUCUCCUCCGAAAUUCGUGAAAGAUAAAAAGUCGAACGUAAGCAGCGCAGCAUUCUUCGUAGCCCAAUGCAUUGCUUUCGCCUCAAUCGAAUACUGCGAAAAGAGAGUGAACUCAACUUCAUGCAACAAAGAUUACAAAAUGUUCGACGCUUGCAAAAAUUACGUCUUUCCACGCGUGCUUAAAGAAGAUUUGUUUGAAUUAACUGCCUCGCAAUCGGCUCCUCGUAAGGUAGCUGGAAAAACGGUUUAAAGAACUGGCAAAUGACACGGCAAGAGGAAGGGUUCGAGUUCAAGAAUGGCUACUAGAUUUGAUGAUGACCUAUGCGAGAUAUCCGGAUCAUGCAUUCUAAUGUUAAGAAACCCUUGAAUAAAUCGGUAGCUAUCUGUAAAAUGAAAUAAAUAAAAUUUAAAUUGUGUUAAUCAUGCAAGCAAGAAACAAAA